GAUCGUGUACAGUGGGCAUACAGCCAUUAGUGACUUGCUGCUCAGACUUAAUAGGAAAUAACCUCAAGAAUAACUUGGUCUGGUAUCUGUUGAGGCGAUCAUAUGUUGUCAAAGACUCCACCUCUGAAGUAGAGAGCAGCCUUCCUGGAGCUCAGUUAGACAUCACAGAGCUGUGAUCAUACGCACCACGAUGAAACAGAGCCUGAUAACAGCUUUAAUUCUCUGCAGCAUCAGCUGGAUCUCUGUCUCAAGUUCUGAGUCUCACACUGAGACUGUGGAGGGUCGGCCGGGUGGAGAAGUCACACUCACAUGUUCUAACACGUCCAGCCGAGACGCUCUAACACUCUGGUUGAGAGUGGUCAACAGAACCAAGGCCAGCUUUAUCUCUGCGAUGUUCAGCUCUACAGUAAAACCUUUUUACAGUGAUGGAAUUCAAAAUGGAAGAUUCAACAUGAGUACCAACAUCUCCACUCUCUUUCUCCAAAUCAAACAUGUGGAUGUAUCUGACUCUGGACUGUAUUUAUGUGGAUUUUACAUCGGAGGACCUUUUCAUUUCAACGCAAUACACUUAAAUGUUAAAGGCAGUGAUGAUUCUCAUGAUGACGCUGACAGGAAGUCUGAAACAGAGUCUGAUGGAACAGCAAAGCUGAUGAGUUUGAUCCUGGGAGCUCUGACUGUUCUCCUCUUAAUGAUCAUCAUUGGUCUGGUUGUUAAAAACAGGAAACUUCAGAAAGCUGCCAAUGAAGAACAGAAUCCACAACAUCCUGAGAAUCUGGACUCUGACCUGAAAGAUGCAGCUCUGAGUUUGUAUGCAGCAACAAUAAGGAACAGGAGGCCUGCAUCAGAGAGAGAAGUGGAGACUCAUGCUGUUUAUGCUGUCUGCAGAUAGACUCAGAGUGGAACUGAUGCUUUAUCAUAUUCAUCUCCUGCUGUGUUCUUUUGUGGGGGAAUGGGGAGAA